CCCCACCACACGCGCACACUUCUCCUUUCCCAACAAGUUGCAGCGGUUCCAGCGUCCAACGACAGCCGCACCAACUCCCAGCGUCCUUUCUCCCGCCGCUCGCUGUCAGCGUUGUCCUCACUCAGGCACGCUGCCCACAGGCCCGCGCCACUCGUCCUCGGUGCUGCCCCUCGUCCUCCCGCUCGCCCUCCUCGCCUCUGGUCCUCGCCACUCUCAGUCACUGCAGCUUCAGGGAUUUCGGCUCUUUCAGGUGCUUUUGUAAGUUUCUUGAUCUCGUUAAAUGGGUUGGAAAGCAGCUGAAAAACUCAUUAGGCACUGGAAAGUACUCAGAGGAGAUAAUGUGAUGAUAAUCAGGGGCAAGGACAAAGGUGAGACUGGUCUUAUUAAGCGUGUCAUUCGCUCUCAGAAUCGGGUUAUUGUGGAGGGCAAGAAUCUGGUGAAAAAGCACAUCAAGGGAGGUGAAGGUCAUGAAGGUGGUAUCUUUACAGUUGAAGCCCCAAUUCAUGCUUCAAAUGUUCAAGUUGUUGACCCAGUCACUGGGAGACCGUGCAAGGUCGGAAUUAAAUAUCUAGAGGAUGGCACCAAAGUAAGAGUUUCUAGAGGGAUAGGGGCAUCUGGUUCUAUAAUUCCUCGUCCUGAGAUUUUGAAGAUUAGGACAACUCCAAGACCUACUGUAGCCGGUCCUAAGGAUACCCCAAUGGAUCUCGUGUUGGAGAGGACUUACGAUGCUAAAACUGGGAAGGGUAUGCCUGACCUGUGAAGAAACCUAGUUCAAAAACUGAUGGACGUUAAACAUAUUAAUAGAAGAAGUUGCUGGAACGUGAGUCGUGUGUAAAACAAUGAUUUUGUAAGUUUUGGCAUCUAGUUCUAUUUUCAUUAGCGCAUGUUAGAAGGAUAAAUGAAUAAAUGUGUUUUGUCUAUGGCGUGUUUAUCAGUGGACACUGCUGUGAGUUUCAGAUUAUCUAGUCAUGCAAGAACAUAGUUACUCGUGAGAUGAUCGGCAGAUAUGGUAAUCCUAGUAUUCUUGACUA